AUGGAAGAUUUUGAAAAAUACAUGAAGGACUUGGACAAUUUACAUGAAGGAAUCCGUCCUUUUCUGGCCAAUGAGGUUAAAUAUGAAAAGUGGGCAAGAAUCCACUCCAAAAGUCGUAGAUAUGCAACUAUGACUUCAAACACAGCUGAAUCCAUUAAUGCAGCACUAAAAGAAAUGAGAGAGCUUCCAGUAACAACAUUACUUGAGUGCCUUAGAAACCUGAUUCAAAAAUGGAGCUACAACAACAAAAAAGAAGCAGAAGCAACGUUUACAGAAUUGCCAAAGAAACAAGAGGAAUACUUAAGAAAGAACUUUGUCAAGUCAUUAAGAAUGACUGUAGAACCAGCUAGCACACUCAUUUACAGUGUACACAGUGGUUUAACAACAAACAUUGUAGACAUUGCAAAGAAAUCUUGCACUUGUAACAAGUUUGAUUUGGAUGAAUUACCUUGUGAACAUGCCAUGGCAGUCAUUAGAAAGAUGAGCCUUCAGUAUAAAAAAUAUUGCUCAUAUUAUUUCACAAAACAAGCCAUGUUGAACACCUAUAAUGCAUCAAUACAUCCAUUGGGAGAACCAAAAACAUGGAGAGUUCCAAAUAAUGUUGAGGAAAUAGAAGUACUACCUCCAAAGGGAAACAGAAAAAGUGGAAGGCCAAGGAAAAAAAGUACAGUUAUUGGAACAUUACUUAUCACUAUUACUUGUGAUAAAGAUUUAUGA